CUCUGGUCUAAGCGCCCCACCCGCUCGGUGCUCGGCUAACGCUGCCUGCCCGCCCCCACGUGGCCCCACGCCAUGGCCGCACCGCAGCGUUCCGGUACCGCGGCCCUUUUGCCCUCCGUUAACGGAGCAGGCCGAGCCCCACGUCGCACAGCCCGCCAGGUCCCCGAGGAGCUGCUGAACAAUGCGGAGCUGCAGGAGGCAGUGGGAGCUCUGCCCUCCAACUACAACUUUGAGAUCCCCAAAACCAUCUGGCGGAUCCGGCAAGCGGGAGCCAAAAGAGUGGCCCUGCAGAUGCCGGAGGGGCUGCUCAUGUUUGCCUGCACCAUCGCAGAUAUCAUUGAGAGGUUUACGGAUGCUGAGGCGGUGGUGAUGGGUGACGUGACCUACGGCGCGUGCUGCGUGGAUGACUUCACGGCGAAGGCUCUGGGUGCUGACUUCUUGGUGCACUAUGGACACAGCUGCCUAAUCCCCAUCGAUGCCACACGUGGGCUGAAGAUGCUCUACGUCUUUGUGGACAUCAAGAUUGACACAUCCCAUUUCCUCGACACCAUCCGCUUCAACUUCACUGCAGGCUCUUCCCUGGCCCUGGUCAGCACCAUCCAGUUUGUGGCAGCAGUGCAGGCAGCCUCACAGGAGCUGCAAUCACAGUACAAGGUGUGUGUGCCCCAGUGCAAGCCACUGUCCCCCGGUGAGAUACUGGGCUGCACAUCACCCCGGCUCACACAGGACACCGAUGCCAUUAUCUAUUUGGGGGAUGGCCGCUUCCAUUUGGAGUCCAUCAUGAUCGCCAACCCAGGGAUACCCGCCUACAGGUAUGAUCCCUACAGCAAGGUCUUCUCUCAGGAGCAUUAUGCCCAUGACCGCAUGCGUGAAGCCCGACAAGCUGCCAUCCGUUCUGCCACCCGUGCCCAGUGCUGGGGGCUGCUGCUGGGCACCCUGGGGCGACAGGGAUCCCCCUCCAUCCUACAGCACCUGGAGUCGCGGCUGCGUGCCCUGGGCCGGCCCUUUGUGCGGGUGCUGCUGUCUGAGAUCUUCCCCAGCAAACUGCAGCUCUUUGACAGCGUGGAUGUGUGGGUGCAGAUCGCCUGUCCCCGGCUCUCCAUCGACUGGGGGGAGGCCUUCAGCAAACCACUGCUGACCCCCUAUGAGGUGAGCAGUCCCCAUUGUGCUUUGGGGGGGACACCUCCCAGCACUGCAUGUACCAUUUAUCCCCUUAUCCCUUCCUUGCAGGCAGCGGUGGCUCUUGGGGACAUUGAGUGGCAGCAGCCGUACCCCAUGGAUUUCUAUGCCAGUCAAUCCCUGGGGCCAUGGACGGCCAACCACGCAGCACGGCCGGCUCAGGAGAAACCAACCCGCAGCCUGAAGAACGGCACCGAGGGGUCUCGCAGUGCCCACCCACAUGAGGACACAGCCACGUCCUGAGCAGGGUCCCUAUGGCCCCAAUGCCACUUGUAGGGA